CUUCUUUCGGAACUCCUUCCGCUUACCUCUCUCAUCCAUGGGCAUAGCCUGGUGGUUCCAAAGAAGACCUAGUAGCCUGUCAUUUCUAGACACCUACAGAGUCAUCCUUCUAGGGAACAAGGACUCGGGCAAAAGAACUCUCUUCAACCAACUCUCUAAAUCAGACGUCUACACUGACAGCUACGACUACCCAUGCGAAAUCGACGGCGUUCACGCCACCAUUCAACUGAUUCAAAACUACCAAACGUUCUCAGAACUGCUCAAUGUCUCCUACUCCAUGGGCAUCUACUUCACGGACAGCCUAGAGACGGCCAGAGACGCAAACUGGGAACCCUCUAAAUGGAUCCUGUGCUACACAGGCAAUUCUGAACUACUGAACACCGCCGAUUCAAGGGAAGUGGCCAACAACUUCAUCAAAGUCGUUUGUCCCAGUCCAGACGGCAAAAUACCAAUAUCGAUCGGGGACAUCGCAAACUGGUGCAAAGGUAAAACAAAAACAAUCACUUCAAGCAUUCUACCGACAUGAAUGCAGACAGAGCACCAUCGGCCGACCUUUUUUGUAACAAUCCAUGACAAAUAAAACACGUCUACAAAAAAAACACCGGAUUUCCCGCUCGUUAAAAAAGGGGGGAGAAAGGUCCUUUGUACACGUGGCAAACGGCCUCGGACCCCACCACCGCAACUCGAGGCUCUCCAAGCGGAACCCCGAAUUCAAACCAUCUCACCCUUCGAGAAAAUGAAUGCGCGCGUGCAUGCCCCCCCUCAACCGAGAGAGACAUGUAGAGCGGGGAGACGCACUCUGUGCUAUCACCGAACGAGGUAUCGAACGGGCACGUCUCAUUAUCUCGAGACCACGAAAACACACAUCUCUUCGCCGCAGACUUUUGUUUUACAUGAUUCGCUUCAACUUACAACUUCUGGAACGGCUACAACUUGAGUUUUAUGUUGCGCAACGUACAAAAAUUUUUUUUCAUAGUAUUUUGGCAUAAUUGCACUCCGCAGAACAGUUUCCUGUCUCCUUUUGCGCAACUCCUAGCAGCGCGGGAGGGAUGGGCUACACAUCACACGUGCCUCAGGAAUUUCGCAACAAGUUGUGUAAAUGCUUGCGAGUCAAAUCGAUUUCUCCCCCCUGGGAUGUCAUGGUGAUUGCCCGAACAAACGAGUCUAUCUCCGACGUUUUCCGCCGAAUAAUUGAGAACUCCAUUACGUCGAUGCCGCUGUAUGAUGAGGGCAGGGAACGAUACGUGGCGUUUGUAGACAUUUUUGACAUAUUGACCUACAUUGUGGAGGUUUUAGGGUUUUCUACGGGCAGACUGCAGGGAUGGCUGAUAAGGAAGGAGUUUUCCGAGACGCCGUGCUCGGUGCUGCCUAACCAAAGUGCGAGGAAUCCCUGGGCGCUGAUUCACGAGGAUUCUUCGUUGCAGAACUGCAUCAAUGCGAUGCAAGAUAGCAACCUCAGCAGAAUCGGUGUUGUAGACAAUCGGGAAAUUUAUCGAGUGUCUUGACGCAGAGCAGAAUUAUCGACUAUUUGGCGGACAACGUCGCGGAAAUCGGUGAACUGGCUGAGACGACGAUAAAUCAACUCGGCCUGGCGACAAGGAGCAGGCAGAUUGUCAGUAUUUCGCAAAAAGACCCUGUUAUUCAGGCGUUUGUAAGAUUUACCGUUUCAACAUCAGUGGAGUAGCCGUUUUGAACGAGGAAGGACACAUGGUGGGAGAUGUGAGCAUCAGAGAUUUGAAGAGCGUCGGAUAUUCGCUUGAUUUCUUUGAGCGACUUUAUAUUCCAACCAAGGAUUUUAUUGAAGAGAAACACAAAGUAAACUCUUCAACGUUCGUGUGGGUGACCGAGUCGAGCACGUUGCGAGAAGUGCUUGAACAAUUUAAGCAGUGUCACAUUCACAGAGUUUACGUCAUUGAUCCCGAAACGAAGGUUCCGUAUGGCGUGGUGAGUGCAAGGGAGGUCAUUUCACUCUUCGCCUCAGAUGUCAAAAGGAUGCAGACAAGAAUAGCAGGUGGGUACACGAAGGUCAGUUUCCAAGACGAAACUGAGUAUCACGCAGAAGAAUCCUCGAUAGUGUCGAUUCAGGUCGCCUCCGACUCAGAAGCAGCCGAGAGCGAGUGAGUCGAUGAGACAAGUACGGUAGACACGUAAAAAAGAAGUACACUCGAGGCACUUUCUGGAAAAGACGGAAACAAGUAUACAGAACACAGUUCGGUGUUUAGAUGUUCAUAAUUUUGGUGCUCUCGUAGUAGGCUGCGAACUAUGGACUGCGGUGGAACAAAGGGGAAAACCGCCUUAUAGUCUUCGCCAUGUUUUUUUUAGUGCAUGUAGUCUAGAAGGAGGGUUAUGUAUAUACAACAUAUUUUUGUAUGUGGUAUCGAUUAUGAGGAAAAAAAAAUUUGCUGUGUUAUAGAUAUAUUUCUGUGUCGUUUUUGUAAGGACAGCCAGAUGAGCAGGGAAACCUCUGGCGUGCUAGAUAUUUAUCUUCACCCGCUCGUCGUGGUCUCGAUUGCAGACCAUUACACUCGGGCGAAGGUGCGACACAGCGUCGAGAGGGUGUAUGGCGUUUUGUUGGGAAGGCAGGAAUGGCGCAGGGUCGAGUUGUUUUCUAGUUUCGAGGUACCGCUGGCUACCGGCCAUCUUCUGGACACGGCUUACUUAGAAGAGAAAAGUAAAGCUGUUAAGCAGGUUUCUCCGGGGUAUGAGAUUAUGGGCUGGUACUCGACGGGCAGGGAGGUAGAGGAGGAAGAUAUGGCCAUACAGAAGCAACUAGAACGUUUUAACGAAUCGCCAUUGUUUUUGUGCCUUGAUCCAAAUCUGGAGGUUGGAAUUCGAGAAGUGCCUAUUGAAAUUUACGAGAGCAAAAUCAAAGUCGUGAGAGAUCAGCCUGUCAGUCAAUUCGUGAAAGUUCCUUAUAAGAUUGAAACAGAAGACAUUGAACGCCUAUCGAUUGACUGCGUGGCUAGAACGACCUCUGUUGGCGGUGGUUCCCAGAUACAGAUGCAUUUGGCGAGCAUGCAUCAGGCCGUGAGUAUGUUGCAGAUGCGUGUAAUGGCGAUAGCAAGCUAUUUGAAGGUGGUGGAAGACGGCGAGUUGGAAGCUGAUCAGGCGAUUCUCAGACACAUUUUUUCCCUUUGUCGAAUGCUUCAGACGACCAACGACUUCAAAAUUGCCCGGGAACUUUCAGAUCAAUACAACGACGUUUUAUUGCUCACGUUCAUAGCGAGCACUGUCAAAGCGAGCAGCCUUAUGCACGGACUCAUCGAGAAGUUCAACAAGGGCUACGAUCGUCGACCUAAGAGACGCACCAUAGCGUAGGUGUUGAAAUUGCGCGCGGCUCGGCUUGGAGAGGCGUGAGAAGGCACAUCAUUUUGUACAAAAAA